AUGACCGUCUGCCCGAGCGCAACGGGCAGCCCUGCCGAGGAAGGCCCUCUCGGCAGCAACGGUGAGCUAGACAUUCGUCGCAUUACCAUCAUGGGCCCUUGUGGGUCCGGUAAGUCAACCCUAGCGGCAAGGCUAGCCUCGGCGCUGGAGGUGCCUGUCCUUCACCUCGACUCCGUGAACUUCAAGCCCUACUGGGUCCAGCGCACACCCGCCGAGUUUCAAGCCCGUCUCGCCAGCGUGCUUCCUUCCACCUCCUCCUCCUCCACCGGCUCCGGACCCCGCUGGGUGAUUGAUGGCAACUACACUAGCCAGCGCGCCGGAUUCUGGCCGCAAACCACCCUCUUCAUUUACGUCGAUCUGCCGCUACCACUCGUCUCCUGGCGUCUGCUGAAGCGAACAGUAUAUCGUCUGUGGUCUGGGGAGGCAGCGUUCGGCGUAGAAGGCUGUGUUGAGUCGUUUGGGAUGACAUUUGCUAGCAAGGGCAGCAUCUUGCUGUAUUUCGUGCAGGCCUACUUACUAGGGGCAGGAAAACGCGAGAGGGAUAUGAAGAUGGUGGCGGAUGAGGUAGGGGCACGGAGGAGUCGAGGAGAUGUUGAUGUCAAGUCCAACACCCACUCUGCCACCACGAGGUUCCUGAUGCUCAAGUCGACCGCGGACGUGGAAAACUGUUUCCAGGUCAUCACCGAGGCGUCCAAGAAGCGCAUUUGA